AUUCAGGUCGGUCUGAACAGACUGCUGUUCCUAUUGUUCUAGAGUAGCCCAUGGCUAAAACUAAAUGCUUGCUGUUGUAGGCCACAGCUUUGUACCAGUAGGAUACUUGUCUCAGCAGGCAGAAAUCUUUUAUUGGAAACAAUAAAUUGCUGAGCUAUAAAGCUAGUGUACAUUUAGUUGCAACUGCCCACAUUUUAAUUGGAUAUUUGCACAUGACUAACUCCCAGAGAGAGAUUUCCCCGACCUUUUUUUUCUGCUCUCUUAUAUCAUGGAAGUUUUAAACAGGAGUCCAUACCUGGCAAACCUUCUAAAAUCAAACCCCAACUUGGGUCAAAUACAGUACGACUAUUCUUGCGAACUCUAUCGCAUGUCAACAUAUUCUAAGUUUCCAAGCAACGUACCAGUGUCUGAACGAAGUCUUGCCAAAGCUGGUUUUUAUUACACUGGUGUAGAUGACAAAGUUAAAUGCUUUACUUGUGGACUGAUGCUUGACAACUGGAAAAAAGGAGACAAUGCGGCUGAAAAACAUAAAAAGUUAUACCCAAGUUGCACUUUCAUCCAGAAUGCACCAGCAGUAAAUCUUGGGUCAUCUUAUUCUGCCUUUUCCCCUCUGACUUCUCUGGCCAGUCAACCACCGUCUGCCUGUUCUGAUGUGGAAGUUCAAUACAUUAAUCAAAGCUAUAUGAGUUUUCCUCAAGAAUCGGUUGCAUCAAGAGCUGUUGAAGAUCGGUCCCACCUUAGAAUUAAUGAGUCCAUUUCCCACAUGGCCACAGAAGAAGCUAGACUUCACACUUUCACUACUUGGCCACUGACUUUUCUUGAUUCAACUGAACUUGCUAAGGCUGGAUUUUACUACAUAGGACCAGGGGACAAAGUCUGUUGCUUUGCCUGUGAUGGGAAAUUAAAUAACUGGGAACCAAAAGAUAAUGCCAUGUCAGAGCAUCGACGACAUUUCCCAGAAUGUCCAUUUGUAAAAAGCAGUAGUUCAAGAGUACCAAGGUUCAGUGUUUCCAAUGUGAGCAUGCAGACCUCAUCCUCUCGCCUGAAAACCUUUGUUAAUUGGCCAUCCAGAAUCCCAGUAACACCCAAAAAGCUAUCGGAAGCUGGAUUUUAUUAUGUUGGACGGAAUGAUGAUGUAAAGUGCUUUUGUUGUGAUGGUGGCCUCAGAUGUUGGGAGUCUGGAGAUGACCCAUGGGUUGAGCAUGCUAAAUGGUUUCCCAGAUGUGAAUUCUUAUUGCAUAUAAAAGGUCAGACUUUCAUUAAUGAAAUCCAAGAAAAAUAUCCACAUCUCCUUGAUCAGUUACUUUCAAGUUCCGAUAUACAGAACAAUGAAGCACAGUACCAACCAAUUAUCCGUUUGGGAACUGACACCAGCCCGGAAGAUGAUGUUAUGAUGAACACAGAAGUAGUUCUGACUGCCCUGGAAAUGGGUUUUAAUAGAAGAUUAGUCAAGCAGACUGUACAAAGUAAGAUGUUAACAAGUGGAGAAAACUACAAAGAUAUUGCUCUGCUCAUAUCUGAUAUUCUAAGUGCCCAAGACGAGCAGACUGAAGAGGAACGUGACAGACAAGCAGAAGAAACAACAUCAGAUGAAAUCAUUGUGAUCAGAAAAAGUCGAGUCGCUCUGUCACAACGCUUGACCUGCUCACUUCUCAUUCUGAACGACCUUCAUUCAUCUCAUAUCAUAACCACACCUGAAAACGAGUCCAUAAAGCAAAAAACCCCACCUGCUCUGCAAGCACAAGAACUGAUCGAAACCAUUCUAGCAAGAGGGAAAAAUGCAGUUCUAGCAUUCAAAAACUGUCUUAAGGAAUAUGAUGCAGACCUUUACAAGGAAUUAUAUUUGGAACAGUCUUUAAAAUUAUCGGAUGACUAUUCAGAUCUACCUGUAGAAGAACAGUUAAGAAGGCUCCAAGAAGAAAGAACAUGCAAGAUUUGCAUGGACCAGGAAGUCUCUAUUGUUUUUAUCCCUUGUGGACAUUUAGUAGUGUGUAAGGACUGUGCUCCGUCUCUCAGAAAAUGCCCAAUUUGCAGAGGCACCACCAAAGGCACAGUGCGGACAUUUCUUUCAUAAGCCGGAGCUUAUGUGUAAAUCUUCCAUGUAAUAAUGUCUCCCAAGCUUCGAAAACUGCCUCUAACUUUUGUUUUAAUAUGCAUCAAUAAAAACAGCCUGCGUUCUUUGCAA